AUGCUCGAAUCAAUACUCCCAGCACCACGGGACUUCUUCAGUCUAUCUGGCAUGUUCAGAACCCUUGCACCCAUUAUUAUCUACAUUAUCUGGAAUAGGUACUUCCGCGAUGCGCGAUUCAAUGUUCCAAAGCUUGUCACAAAGACCCAGGCGGCGCUAGGGGAUAGCAAAUUCGAUUCUCUGGAUGAUAUCAUGAAGGAGUGCUAUCAGAAAGACAAGAACCGCAUCUACAAGGUCGAACAUCCACAUAAGGAUGUCGUUAUUAUUCCGGCCAAGUAUGUUGACGAACUGAAGAACUUGCCGGAUGAGCAGGUGAAUUUCCUUGAGGAUAUUAAUGAGAGGUUUCUGGGUGAUUAUACCAAGAUGAUCGCUCCCGGCGGAAUUCAUGAUGAGACUCUCACCCAUACCAUCAAAAACAGUCUCAAUUCAAACCUUGGGAACAUUAUGGGCGAAAUCCAAGAAGAAAUCUCCUAUGCCUUCUCCCAAGAAAUAGGAGAAUGUAAAGACUGGACGCCAUCAUACCCCAUGACAGCUCUAAUGCGUAUCAUCGCACUGGUAUCUGGGCGCAUCUUUGCAGGCCCCGAGCUGAACCGCAACGAAGAGUAUAUUAAUUGUUGCCUCAACUUUGGCGUCGAAGCCUACAACGUAAUCCCAGCCAUGCGCAAAUACCCGAUCUUCCUCCGUCCACUGGCCCAGUACUGGGUAAAAGAGUGCCAGAAACCGCUCCAAGCAAUCGAAACGAUGAAACGACUCGUAGCUCCAGUAAUAGCAGCACGUACCACAGAGAAAGGUCCAAAACCACAUGACAUGAUGACCUGGAUAAUGGAGAACUCACCACCAGGAAAAGCCACAGACUUGGAAUGGCAGGCUAAGUACCAACUGCAAAUCGCCACCGCAGCCAUGCACACGACAUCCAAUACCAUGACACAUAUAUUCUUCGAUCUUGCUGCCCAUCCAGAAUACCUCUCCAUACUCCGAGAAGAAAUCCUCGCUGUCACAGCAGCAGAACCGCUGGGAGUUCUGUCUAAAACUAGUCUCCCCUUACUCAAAAAGAUGGACAGCUUCAUCAAAGAAUCUCAACGCAUGAACCCCUUCUCCUCCACUGGCUUCUCUCGCAAAAUUUUAAAGCCUACACGUCUCUCUGACGGUCUCCUGCUUCCCCCAGGAAUCACAGUUACAACGCCUGUAUCACAAAUCUCCAUGGAUCCUGACAUCUACUCAAACCCCGAAGUUUUCGAUGGGUUAAGAUUUUUCAAGAUGCGGAAGAAGCGAGGCGAGGAGAAUAAAUGGCAAUAUGUCACGACGAGCACGGAGAGUUUGAAUUGGGGGAGUGGGGUUCAUGCUUGUCCCGGGCGAUUCUUUGCGGCAAAUGAGAUCAAGUGUAUUGUAAUGUAUUUGAUUAUGAAUUAUGACGUUAAGCUUGAGGAAGGCAAGGGAAGGCCAAAGAAUAUUUGGACCGAGGGGGGAAUGAUUCCUGAUAUUACCGGGAAGGUUCUGUUGAAGAAGCGAUGA